AUGGCGGAGUAUUUGGCCUCCAUCUUCGGCACCGAGAAGGACAAAGUCAACUGUUCAUUUUAUUUCAAAAUUGGAGCAUGUCGUCAUGGAGACAGAUGCUCUCGGUUGCACAAUAAACCAACCUUUAGCCAGACCAUUGCCCUCUUGAACAUUUACCGUAACCCUCAAAACUCUUCCCAGUCUGCUGACGGUUUGCGCUGUGCUGUGAGCGAUGUCGAGAUGCAGGAACACUAUGAUGAGUUUUUUGAGGAGGUUUUCACAGAAAUGGAGGAGAAGUACGGCGAGGUGGAGGAGAUGAAUGUCUGUGAUAAUCUUGGAGAUCACCUCGUCGGAAACGUGUAUGUGAAGUUUCGCCGUGAAGAAGAUGCGGAGAAAGCUGUGAUUGAUUUGAACAACCGCUGGUUCAACGGGCAGCCCAUCCACGCCGAGCUUUCCCCCGUGACCGACUUCCGAGAAGCCUGUUGCCGCCAAUAUGAAAUGGGAGAGUGUACACGAGGCGGCUUCUGCAACUUCAUGCAUCUGAAGCCCAUUUCCAGGGAGCUGCGGCGGGAGCUGUAUGGGCGCCGGCGCAAGAAGCAUCGAUCGAGGUCCCGGUCCCGGGAGCGGCGCUCUCGGUCGAGAGACCGUGGUCGUGGCGGUGGCGGCGGCGGUGGUGGAGGCGGUGGGGGCCGGGAGCGUGACAGGAGGCGGUCAAGAGAUCGUGAGAGAUCUGGGCGAUUCUGA